AUAUACAACUCGGCUCGGCAGCAGCAGUCCAUCUCCUCCUAUUGGACCAUUCUCUGCGCACCCUUCCCUUCCCUUCCCUUCCCUUCACUCAAAUCUCAACCAACUCCUCAACUUGCCAUUUAUAGAAUGCAACAAAAAACACACACACUAGAGUGAAAGUGAUCAUAUUCAUAUUCCUGCAUACAACCCAAUUCUAAUUUACUGUUUGGGGGGAGAGAGAGUGAGAGUGAGAGUGAGAGAGCUGAUUAGAUCGCUAGUGCGAAUAUAACCAGCCAAUCAAUCAUCAAUCUCGGUUGAAUUGGUUUGUAAUUCUUCAUCACGGGUUCAACCUGAUUCUGCUCACCACUCAUUUAUCCUUUUCCACCACCUCUCUCUCUCUCAAGGCAGAUGCACUCUAACUUAUUAAGGUUAUAAAAGAAACAACAGCAACUCCAUCUUAAGGAGUUCUUCUCUACUUGUCUCUCCCCCUCUCUCUACCCAUAAAUAUCUUUUGGUCUGUUUACACCACAGAAAUAUUCAAGCUGUUUGCUUGCUUGCUUUUGAGCAGGUCUCUUAAGUCUUAGGCACCCAGGCCACCAGCACCAUCUCUUCUAGUUUUGUUAUAUACAUCAGUUGAAUAAAAUCAAGACAAGUAAUCAGCGGCCUCAUCCACUGCCAACCGAUCAAUCUCGAUCAUGGGACACUACAGGCCAUUGCAUUGCCAUUGCUUGAUUGUGUUGGCCUUCGAUUCAUUUAUUAGAUUGUGCACCAGCAGCACCGCACACACACCAGUAGCCAAUUUUGUGUUUGGAGAUUCUUUGGUUGAUUCAGGCAACAACAACUACAUCCUGUCUCUUUCGAAAGCAGAUUUUGUACCCAAUGGGAUUGACUUUGGUGGGCCUACAGGCAGAUACACCAAUGGAAGAACCAUAGUUGACAUCAUAGGGCAGGAAAUAGGUUUAAGUGGGUUUACCCCUCCAUACCUGGCACCCACUACAGCAGGACCAGCAAUUCUUCAAGGUGUGAACUAUGCUUCUGGUGGAGGUGGGAUCUUAAAUCACACUGGGAAAAUCUUUGGUGGGAGGAUCAACCUGGAUGCCCAGAUGGACAACUUUGCAAACACCAGACAGCAGAUUAUCUCAACAAUCGGGGAUGCAGCAGCCGCGAAGCUGUUCCAUAGUGCUCUCUUUUCGGUGACCAUCGGCUCCAAUGACUUUAUCAAUAAUUACCUCACACCGGCUCCUUGUGUUGAUAGAGUUGCACAGAAGCAGGUCCCGCCAGAGUCCUUUGUGGCUGCCAUGAUUUCAAGAUUCAGAACUCAGCUAACGAGGCUUUACAGGAUGGGCGGGAGAAGGAUCGUAGUGGCGAAUGUAGGGCCAAUCGGGUGCAUCCCGUUCCAGAGGGAGAUCAACAGCGCAGGGGCCGGGGCAGGGCCGGGGUGCGCUGCUUUCCCCAACCAAGUAGCGCAACUGUACAACGGGCAGCUGAGGGGGCUGGUCCAGCAGCUGGGCACGGAGCUGCCAGGAUCCCAAUUUGUGUACGCAGAUGUGUACCGCAUCGUGGAGGACAUCAUACGCAACUACUCCUCCUACGGGUUCCAGAAUGCGGCGGCGCCGUGCUGCCAGUUGCUAUUAUUAAGUGGCGUCCCCGCAGCCCCAGCAGGAGGGCCGGGACCGGGACUGGGGCUGAUCGAUCAUAUCAAUAGUCUGAUCCCGUGCGGGCCGGCGUCGAAGGUGUGCCCGGACCGAUCCAAGUACGUGUUCUGGGACCCCUUUCACCCCACCGAGGCCGCCAAUGCGAUCAUAGCCUCCCGCCUCUUCGACGGCCACCAUCCCUACAUCUUCCCCGUCAACAUUCGCCGCUUAACGAAUGAAUGAAUUUAUUCAUUAAUUGAUAUUGGGACGCCCACGCCCUCAUCCACGUCAUCGUUGCCUUAAUUAAUUAAUACUCUGUACUGUACUGUACAGUACACACACCCACACCUAUUACUACUAAAUACCACUAUUACACACCUCACCACCCCCACCACUCACCACUAUCUAUAAAUUUCUCCAUUUGUUUACAUUUUAACGACCAGUCCCGAUGAUACACCCCUCCCCCUUCCCCGCUAAUGCUAUAAACAAACUGCACUCAAAUAAAUACUCCUCCUCGUACCAAUUGAAAGACCAGCUGUUACAUUUAAUUAAUUAAUUCAUCAAUCAAAUAUUAAUAAUCCUUUUAACAUACAGUACAACUAUUUUCUUCGCGACAUCCAUCAACCAACAAAUAAUUACUACUACAUCUGAUUAAUCUCAUCCUCUCUCUUGAUCCUCUCUCUUGAAACGUGACUUGGAUUUAGCGGUUUAUCCGACCCUAAAUCAAAG